CCAAUAGCUGAAAAUCUUGCACAAUCCAAUUAAACAAAUCGAAAAAAUAAACAAAAAGCGUAGACCAGUCCUGUGAUGCUCGGGGUACUUUGCGCACGCCCUCCAAAGCCGUGGUUAAUCUCGCCGCAUACUUUCUCUCUCCACCAUCACCACCACCACCAUAACCACCAUCAACAACCUUGGGAUCAACAAAUUAACACCAUUAAUGAAGGCGCUGCAUCGAUAUGGCGGGUAAUUGUUCCUGCUGCUGCUGGCGGCGGUGAUUGGCGCACAGAUUAUCUUCGACCUGCUAUUCAUCAACAGAAGGGUGAAGGUUCUUGGAACGUUGCAUGUGAUGCUAGACCUGCUCGAUGGCUUCAUCGUCUUGACCUUGCUUACCUUCUAUUUGGGGUUUGUUUGUGUCUUGCUCCUGUUGAUUGGAACGACGUCGUUGUUUCUGAGGAUGAAGGUGCUGUCCCUGAAUCUCUUCCAGAAGAUUCUAGCUGCUCAUCCAAUUAUAGGGUUACAGGAGUCUUGGCGGAUGGACGAUGUUUGUUUAGAGCAAUAGCUCAUGGGGUGUGUUUGCAGACAGGGGAAGAAGCACCGGAUGAGAAUCGUCAGCGAGAGCUUGCUGACGAUUUGAGGGCUCAGGUGGUCGAAGAACUCUUAAAGAGACGUAAAGAGAUUGAAUGGUUCAUUGAUGGAGAUUUUGAUACCUAUGUGAAGAGGAUACAACAACCUUUUGUCUGGGGUGGGGAACCGGAAUUGUUGAUGGCUUCUCAUGUUCUCAAGAAAUCCAUAUCGGUGUUCAUGAAGGAUAAAAUCACUAGCAAUUUAACAAAUAUAGCAAAUUAUGGAGAAGAAUACAAAAAUGAUGGGUAUGCUAUUAAUGUAUUGUUUCAUGGGUACGGUCACUAUGAGCUCUUGGAAACUUCUGCAAAAUAGUGUAUUUUUUUUUUAUCAGAUUACAACUAUCAAAGAUGGGAAUAUCAUACAACAUUUUGCAAUUGAAAUAAAUUUUUUGAAAUUAUCCAACAAUUAAUAAGGAUUAUUCUUAUUUUUAAAGUUGGUAUUUAGGAUUUUCAUCCUUUUGAGAUGUACUUUGUGGCGGCAUUCAAUAAUUUUAGCUCGGGAUAUCUUUGUUUUAUUGGGAUAUCUUGUUUCAGUUGAAGCAUGUACUACUUUUUUCAAGAAUAAUCCAAGUUUGUCUCAUUGCCUCA